AUGGCCAAAGACAUCUAUAAAACCUUUAAAAGAUCCGUAUCUGGCAUAGUCGGUGGAAGUGGUAAUAAUGGGGAAAGCUCAUCGAGUCCUUCUACGAGUACAGGUCAGGUGAAGUAUCGUGGAGGUACUGGAAGAACAUGGAUUCAUCCACCAGAUUUUCUUAUAAACGGGCACGUUGAAUAUGUCGCUCGAUUUCUUGGAUGCGUCGAAACUUCAAAUGAAAACGGAACAGCCGCUGCUCGUGAAGCAAUUCACGCCAUACGUUUCCAACGAGAUUUGAAGAGAUCCGAACAAUCAAGAGAAACGGCGAAACUCCAAAAAGUUGAAAUUCAAAUUUCAAUUGAUAAUGUGAUUAUUGCUGACUCGAAAACAAAAGCAGUGAUGCACCAGUUCCCGCUUCCAAGAAUAUCAUUUUGCGCAGAUGAUAAAGAUGAUAAACGAAUGUUCUCAUUCAUUGCUCGUAAUGAUGAUGGAAAACCAUCAUGUUAUGCAUUUACUUCUGAGAAACUAGCCGAAGAUAUCACUUGCACUAUAGGAGAAGCUUUCGAUCUGGCCUAUAAACGAUUCCUCGAUAAAAACCGCGCGUCGCUGGAGAAUGAACGGAACACUUAUCUUCUUCAAAGAAGAAUUGUGGAGUUGGAGAAUGAGAAUCAAAAACUCGCAACUCUCCUGCAGGAAGUAACAAAUGGAGGAAGAAGAGCUGAACCUAAUGAUUACGGUAUCCCACCGCAUCCGGCAUUUGCACCUCCAUCACUCCCACUAUCUCCAAUGCCUCAAGGGCCUCCACCUAGUCUUCUACCAUCUUCAAUCUAUUCGAUGCCAAAGACUAAUGAUAAUGCUCCGACAGAAAUGGCUCCAAUGCCACCUAUUGCUACUUCACCAAAUGGAACAUCUCCAUCAAGUCCUUCAUCAAAUUCUCCAUCAGGACCUGCACCUUCUAUGCCACCACCUCGUCCUCCAGCUGUGUUGGCUCCUCCUCCUCCUGUCGCUCCUCGUCGAGUUCCUGUGGUGUCACCGAAGAACUCAACCGCUGGACAAUUGGAUGGAUUGAACUUUGGUGAAGUUAAGAAACCACAUAGCAAUGUGUUUGAUGACUCAUUCGAUCCACGAGCUGGAGAAAAGAAGAGUGUUUCUGAAGCAGCUGAUUAUAAUCCAUUUGGGGCUGAUUUUCUCCCAGCACUUCAAAACACUAACUCCGCACCACCAUCUGCUUCAGCUCUUGCUCUUGCUUCUGAAGCAAUUGCAAGAUUACCAAGUUCUGAUUCAUCAGGCCCACCAAAGAAAACUGCGGCUGAUUAUGAUGCGAUGAUCAGUGAAGUCGAAAAGAAAUUGGCUGCAAUGAACAACGGGACACUCGUGUUUGGCCAAUUACAAACUGGAGAUCUUGGAGGAAUUGAAGGAGAAAGCGAGUAUGGAACUCCAUCGGAUCGAUUGAAUCCCAAAGUUAUGAACUUAAAAGAAUAA